AUGAUUAAUCAAUUCAUCACUACAAACAUAAUUGACAGAAAAGAAGUAUAAAUUAUAAUUAUACUAAACAAACACUAUUAACUCAAAAUGACAGAGCCUUUGUCUUUGAAACUUUAAAGCCAAUUCAAAUAUAUAAAGGCUUGUCCCAGGCCAACCAAAGAUUAUUAUAUCUAUCUAUACAUCUAUACUCCCAGCUGUUCAUACAGACUAACCGCUUCUUCUCUCUCUUCUUCUUUCAUUAUUAUAAUAAUAAAUAAUAAUAUCCUAAAACAUUAAAACCCAACCCAACCCUCAAUUCGAAACACAGACAAGAGAAAUAAAUAAAUGGAAAAGAAAAUAUAUAUUUAAAAGAAAAGCUUAAAGCGUUUAAUGUUCAACAACCGACUUUCAACUCUACAUCUCACUUAAACCUCUUCUCUCUUUAUUUUCCUCCUUUAUUCUUUGCUCCCUGGUUCAGUCCUCUCUUACUGAGCUUUAUCUUUCUCUCUCAAAAAAAGAUGAGUAAACAAGAGUUCAUGAAGGUUCAGACUUGUGUUCUCAGAGUUAAUAUUCACUGUGAUGGGUGUAAGCAGAAAGUGAAGAAACUGUUACAGAAAAUUGAUGGUGUGUUUAGUGUGGCCAUAGAUUCAGAUCAAGGAAAGGUGACCGUUUCAGGCUCUGCUGACCCGGACACACUCAUCAAGAAGCUUGAAAAAAAUGGAAAGCAUGCAGAGUUGUGGGGAUUUCAAAAGGGUCCAGCUCAAAACCAAAACCAAUUCCAAAAUCUCCAAAACCAGUUCAAGAACUUGCAGCUUGACGGUGGCAAAGUGGGAAAAUUAGACAGGAGCAAGUCUCAGAAAGGCGGAGGCGGCGGUGCUGGUGGUGGGAAAGAGCAGCUUAAGGGGGGCGGACAACACGCGCAGCUUCAGCAGCAGCAGUUACAGCAUUUACAGCAGAUGGUUAAAGGGUCUGCUAAGGAUAUGAAGUUCCCGCCCAAGGACCAGAAAUCUGUCAAGUUCAAUAUGAACGGUCAUGAUGAGUUUGACAUGAGUGAUCAUGAGUUUGACGAUGAAGAUUUUGAUGAUGAGUUUGACGAUGAUGACGAGUAUGAUGAUGAUGAAGACUAUGAUGACGAUGAUGAUGAGGGGUUAGGCCAUGGACAUGGCAAUAGUCAUGGGCCUCCUCAUGGUGGUUAUAAUAAUGUGCCUAACAAAGCUAUGCCGAUGGUGAUGCCGAACAAGGUGAUGCAUGUAAAUGGUAAUGGGCCACAAGGGCCUUAUGGGAAGAUGGUGCCGAUGAUGGGUAACGUUAAUGGGCCUCCUUAUGGGCCCAAAGGGAUGAUUGAUGUUCAUGCCAUGAACGACAAAAAAAGUAGUGGUUCGGUUAAGAAAGGUGGGACUGUUGAUUUCCCAAUUGAGAUGAUGAAGGGUAAAGGGAAUGGAAAUCAUGAAGGGAAAAACGGCAAUGGAGGGAAAAAAAGUGGGGGAAAUGGAAAAGGUGGGAGUGGGAACAGCAAAGGAGGGAAAUCAAAACCAAGUGGUGAUAAAAAUGGAGAAAAAAAGAAAAGUGGUGGGUUGCGUGCCUUAUUUGGUUUUGGCAAGAAAAGUAGUACUAAAGAGGGAAGUGUUUUUAAGAAGGGAGGCAGCAAUAAUGGCGGUGGUGAUAAAAAAAGCAAUAAUGGCAAAGGUGGGGGAGGGAAGCAAGAGAAGAAGAAAAUGAAGAAUGAUUUUGAUGAUUUUGAUAUUGACUUCGCCACCGCUAAUCACGGCAAAGGUGGUGGAAAAGGCGGCAAAGGUAGUGGUGCUGGCGGUGGCGGUGGUGGGAAAAUGGGUCAAAUGGGUGAAAUGGGCCGGGGCGGGGGUGGAGGUGUUAUGGGCCGAAUGGGUCCGUCCGGCCCAGUGGGUCAAAAUGGUGGGGGUAGAAGUCAGAUGGGUAUGGGCCCAAUGGGUGGUAGCUUUCCAAUGAUGAACGGUAAUGGUAUGCCUGCAGUACAAGGUCUACCCGCCCAAGCCAUGAUGAACGGUGGAUAUUAUCAAGGGCAAGGAAUGGGGCCUGGAUAUGGGCCCGGGCCUGGGCCCAUAAACCCAUACAAUCAACAGCAGCAACUACAACAAUUACAGCAGCAACAACAACAGCAACAGUACAUGGCUAUGAUGAUGAAUCAACAAAGGGGCAACGUGGGAAAUGACAUGUUCCAACCGAUGAUGUAUGCGCGGCCGCAGCCGGCAGUGAAUUACGCUUCGCAUCCGGUCUCCGAUAACUACACUCACGUUUUCAGUGAUGAGAAUACUGAAAGUUGCAACGUCAUGUAAAUUGCUAGGAUUAUUUUGACUACUAAAGUCAUUUCUUUUUUGUUUGUUUUUGGAAUUGGGUUAAAUAUCAUAUUUUGUAUUCUUGCUCUUUUUGCUACUCUAUAGUCGAUAUAUUGUAAGUGCAAGAUCGGUAGUCAAGUAACAUGGCUUAUGUUAGUUUAGUUUUAGUAAAUAGGUUUCGUAAUUGUACCACUGUUUCUUUCUCGACCCAAAAGAGGUCACGUGAAUUAAUGGACAAGUAUUAUUAUUAUUUAUGAGUGCAA